AUGCCGCCGCCGACCAAGUAUAUCAACCGCUGGGAGGACAUCAAAGACGACGUCUUUGAAAUCAUUUACAACAUGAAAGCCCCCUUGUCGGCUGAAGACAAGGACCAGCUGGUGAAGGCCAUGCGUGAGCGUGGCUACAACAUUGGCUGGAAUGGCCUUCGUGAACCGACAAAGUUGUCGACCCACUGA